AGGAGAGACGAGAGUCGGUUUUGAUGGCGUAGCCCAAGGAUACCAAUCCGUAUUCGUCGGAGAAGAGGAUAUUUCAAAAUGAGUGGAGGUAUUGUACCAAGUCGCUCAACGGUGUAUAUUUCCAAUUUACCAUUUUCAUUGACCAACAACGACAUUUACAAACUUCUCGAAGAUUAUGGAAAAAUAGUGAAAGUAACGGUAUUGAAGGAUAAACGAACUAGAAAGAGUAAAGGUGUAGCUUUUGUACUAUUUCUUACUCCCGAGGAUGCUGCUAAUUGUGCUAAAAACAUCAAUAACACAGAGAUAGGAGGUCGAACCGUUAAAAGUUCGAUCGCCGUUGAUAAUGGCAGGAGUACAGAAUUUAUAAGGCGUAAAGAUUAUCCGGACAAAUCACAUUGUUACGAAUGUGGCGAAGAAGGUCAUUUGUCGUAUCAAUGUGAAAAAAAUACCUUAGGAUGUAGGACUCCACCUCCAAAAAAAAUUAGAAUUAGAGGUAAAAAUAAAAAUAAAGGUGAAGCAAAUACGAAUUACUAUGACAGUGAUAGUGACGAUAGUGUAAGAAAACCAAGAGUAUCAGGAAAUAAAGACAAUGGCAGUGAUAUAUCCGAAGGGGAAUUGGACUCAUUAAGUUCUGCUAUUAAAGAAGAACAAGAGCGUAGAGAACUGGAAAUUUAUAGGCAUCAAGUUGCAACUGGACAGUAUGAAUCAAAACAGCCGUCUGUUGAAAAAAAUAAUAAGCGUUUCAAAAAGAGUGAAUACUUUAGUGACGAAGAAGAGCUUAUCGAUUAAUAAUAUAAUAAAGUUUAUUUUUAUCAAGGG